GACGCCAGCGGACACCAUCACCCUCUCUCUUCCUACAUCCUUCUGUUUCUUCCUUUAAGCAGUCGAUCUACAGGGAGCAAAAUGAAAAGCAUCCUGUAUUUGGCUGGACUUUUACUCCUCAUCAUUGUACAAAGCAGUUGGCAAAUUCCCAUUGAGGACACAGAGGAAAAUUCCAGUGUAAUGUUAGAAGACACACUAUUUAUUAAUCCAACAAACAUGAAGAGGCACUCAGAAGGAACAUUUUCAAAUGACUACAGCAAAUAUCUGGAGACCAGAAGAGCACAGGAUUUCAUACAAUGGCUGAUGAACUCUAAGAGAAGUGGUUUCCACACAAGACGGCAUGCAGAUGGCACAUACACCAGCGAUGUGAGCACAUACAUGCAGGACCAGGCAGCCAAGGAGUUUGUCUCCUGGCUUAAAAUGGGCAGAGGGAGAAGAGAAUAGGGAAGCUCCCUUCAGCAAGAAAGAAGCAUUUCAUACCUUGUAUGCUGAAAUGAAACACCCAACAACGCACUGCUGGACCAUCGUAUUCCAUCAUACCACAUUUUUUCAUUGCCUUAAAUAAAAUGUGUUUGAAAUAAAUCUCUGCUGAACCUAAGCAAUGUGAUGUAAUUCUAAA